UCACUUGUACACCUUGCCCCAUCUCAAGUUUAUCACUCAGUACUUUUUCAAGCAGUAGGCCUAGUCUACAAAUAUUAUUCAGACAUAGAUUAAACCAAUUAUACAUUUCUUAGCGAUAUCGGCAAGAAUGCAAAUUCUACAAGAUUAGGUAGGCCUGUUUGCCUGUCUUCCUCCACCUGCCCGUGGGAGGGUGCCCGGCCUGUCUCGGGUUCCUGCCGCUGAUCCCUCUCAGCUCAGCUGACGUCAGGAGAAAUGGCGGACCAGGAUGGCAGCGACGCAUCUCCUCCCGAGUCCCAAGCAUCUUACUCCCAGUAUAAAUCGGAGGAUGGCAGAGCGUCUUCAGCCACCCGUCCCAGCUCCUCGGGCUCCGGACAGACCUACACUCCCACAUUGACCCCAACCCCCACCCUGACUCACACCACCACCAGCAACAGCCCUGGUAACAGUGUUGCCACCAAAACAGACUCGUUGCUCUUCAACAAGAUCGACGAGAGACAGAGGUUAGCCCGUGAGCGCCGGGUGGAGCGUGAGAAACAGAAUGCUGUCAAGGAGGCCCAGUGGCAGGCACGUGAGGAGCGAGCCAGGCAGCACUAUGAGAAGCAGCUGGAGGAGAGGAGGAAAAAGAUGGAGGAGCAGAGGAUAAAGGAGGACAAGAGACGGGCUGCCGUGGAGGAGAAACGGCGGCAAAAACUUGAGGAAGACCAGGUUCGUCAUGAGGCAGUGAUGCGUCGGACGUUGGAGAGGAGCCAGAAAACCAGACAGAAACCCAACCGGUGGUCUUGGGGCGGUGCACUGCACACAAACACUCCCAGCACAACAGCCGAUGCUGACAGGCGGUCAGUGUCCACAAUGAAUUUAUCCAAACACUCAGACCCUGUUUUUACCAAGCGCCUCUCCUACUCCUCUGCCACACUCCUACACUCACCAGACCGAGGCUUACAGAUGAGAACAUCCUCCUCCCCUGUCAUUAGCAAAGCUCAGUCAAAACCCCGCCUACACCAGGGAAAGACCACCCAGCACAAAAACACAGGCCUGCGCCAUCUUCCGUUGACGCCAUGGGAGAGCAACGUGGUGAACCGCCUGCAGCAGCCAACACACUCCUACCUGGCUCGUAGCCGCAGUGCCAUGAGUCUGUCUGGAGAGCAAACAGUGUCCUGCCACCCCAUGGGCUCCAUGUCCUUCAAAGCCCUGCAGGCCCAGCCGCUUCCUCACUGCCGCAGCCAGGAGAGGAACCUCAGCAGGGGGGCGGUCUCGUCUACCACCACGACUGCUCGCAGGAGGACCACCGGCAACACACAGCCGAAGGACCGUGACCAUUUCAGGAAGUCAUGGAGCAACCUCUCACUCCCAUUGGCUCCCAUUCUGAGCUUGCCCCCCAACAAGCGCUCCUCUUCUCCAAGCAAGAAGACCAGCAAAGUGACAGCUCCCUCUCCUGGCAGGCCUCCACAAAAGACAGGAGGGCGCCCCCCGACCCCCAAGCUGCUUAAGUCUCUGGGGACAGAGGACCCUGGAAAUCUUCGUCCUUACAGGAUCACACCUGAGAGCCCCCAACCCACCAGAGCCCAAGAAGGGGAGGAGGAAGAGCAGGUCCUCACUCCUCUUCAGCCUCGCCCUCAGCCGCUGGGUCAGAACAAGACCAGUAAUGAGCAGACACCAGCAGUAGCCAGCGAGAGUGUAAGCAGUCCUCCAGCCCACAAGCCCUCAGCAGGCACCACAGAUCCAGAGGAGGCGAGUCGUAUCCUGACUGAGAAUCGUCGGCUGGCCCGCGAGCAGAGGGAGCGAGAAGAAGAGGAGCGCAAGCAACAGGAGGAGCAGCGCAGGUUAGCGAAGGAGGAGAUGGCUCGCCGUAAGGCCGAGGAGCGGGCAAAGAGAGAGGAGGAGGCCCAGCGUCAGGCAGAGGAGAUGAGAAGGAAGGAGGAAGAGGAGAGAAAGGUGGAGGGAGAGAGGCUUCAGAAAGAGAGAGAGGAGGCAGAGAGACUCCAGAAACAGGUCGGAGAAAGUGUACAAGAAAACUACAGACUCAACUUGACAGACCCACCCAAGAUGUCUCUUGGUCUCACAAAAGAGGAGGAAGAGUCUCGACAGAGAGAGGAGGCGGAGCGACUGAGGCAGGAGAGAGAGAAACACUUCCAGAAAGAGGAGGCUGAACGCCUGGAGAGAAAAAAGCGUCUGGAGGAGAUCAUGAAGAGAACAAGACGUUCAGACCCAACAGAGAAGAAAGUUGUUCCCAACAGGAAUGGAAACAGUGCAGUGACCCCUGCCCCCCCGAGUCCAUCUGCAGUGACUGUGUCACCAACACACAAUAGCAAUGGUCGCCAACCUGAGCCCAACCCAAACCCCAACACCACCGCACUGAGCCAUCUUAACCAGAGGGAAAACGGGGAGUUUGAAGAGGUGAUUGUACUGCCUUCACAUUCCAGGUUGUCUCCUCCUGAGGGAGAGGAGCAGCAGCAGCAGGGGGAGGAGAGAGCUCCUGUCUUAGCCUUCAGGGAGAACGGCCUCCUAAAGCCUCUAGGCGUAAUAGAGGACAUAUCAGCCCAGCAGGGACCAGAUGUUGCCUGAUGCCCUGUUAGACCGACAUGAUUCCACACCCAGAGAGACGGGAAGUGAGCUGGCCAGAAAGAGGUAACACAGAGCUGUUGGACAGAAUCAAAGGAAGGACUCGCAGCAUCACAGCCAGACACUGGUUUUACUUUCUCGCCCUCCCGCGUCAGAAGAACACCGCAGCCAUUUCCCAAAGUUGGCAUCUUCCAAAGAUCUCCAAAAAGUGUCUCCAGAGAGAAGUUACUUUUCUCUCAACAAACUACCUGGGGAACAGAUCGUCUCUCUGUCUCCGACUACGAUAACACUUGAUCAUUAUGUUCCACCCACCGCUGAUUCUGAAGUAAAUGUCCUGAAAUCACAGGAGGAUUAAAUGCCCUGUGUGUGUGUGUGUGUGUGUGUGUGUGUGUGUGUGUGUGUGUGUGUGUGUGUGUGUGUGUGUACUAAGAUCAGUUUAAGUCUUCAGCCAUGAUACGUGAAUAGAUUUUUGUUGUUGCUGUAGAACACACUGUAAUCAGAUUGACAAAAUCAACAAUGUGACGUUAGAACUGGAACUCACACAACAGUCUCUGAAUUACAAGGUUUCAUUAAAGUUUCAAUGUUUCUAUUGAAAUGUUACAGAAGAGAUGGGAUAUAGGAGUGUCAGUGCAUGAAGUUGUAUUAAGACUACAGGAAAGAGUCAUGUAAUGUAUUUUUGCUGUGUCUACAGUGUUUAACACUAGUUAUUAUUGGGGUGAGGAAGGGGCGUUGGAGUCUGGAGUUUAAGUUAAAUAAUGACAAAAUGAAAAUACUGUUCUCAAAUAAGAAUUAGGGUGUAAACUACUGAUUUUUUUGUUUAGUUUUAUUUAAUUGCUUUACAGAUGUAAUGUGAUUCUUUGUUUUGUCCUCAGUACUGUCUUUCUGUUUAAAUUGAGGGGAAAAAAAGAUCUGAUUUGAUGUUAAGUUAAGCCCUUUCUUUUCAUUUGUUUACCUUUUUACAUUUACCCCAUCAGUGCUGCAUCCUACGUCCUGUCACACUGUCUAAACUCAGCCAGUGUUGGAGGACUCAGCUGUAGCUUAGCCACCUUGUGUUGGAGGUGGACUUUUGUUUUGGCCAAGCAAACUACAAAAUUUACAAAAUUUGUUGUUGUUAAUUCUGAAAUCUAAUUUGUUUGAUCUUUUUGAUUAAGGGUUAAGAAGAAAUGCUGCUAAUUUAGACGUUCCUUUGCCUUACCGCAUUGUAGAGAGAAUGAGGUGACGUGUCUUUCUCACUAAAAUGAAGAUAUCCAUUCCCACCGUGAGCGUUGACAUUCUGGCCACAUGCCAUAACUCUCUAGUGGCUUCCGUUUGAUUUAUGUUAAAAUUAUGAAAGAUUAUGAAGAAAUGUUAUGUCAUCAUUUGAGAGCUAUAAUGUCAAACGAUUGGUCCUUUUAUACAGCUUUUCACUAAUUAAAGAUAGGAGGGGGAUUAUAGCAAAUUGUGGAACCCAACCAUUACACUGCUGUGAUAUUCACUUCCAUCUUUUACACAACCUUCCAGUAAUGCUGCUCUCUUAGCAUUUGGGUCUUUGCACUCCUCAAAUCUUGCUGUACCACCAAAAUGGAAGGAUACUCAUGUCUUGGUUAUGUAAUGCUGGUUUCUGACAGCACUACAUAGCAUGCUGUUCAUGGUAACUUGACUUAGCCUGAAAAUAAAUUGCUUGUAAAUUACUUUAUACAUACAUAUCCUAUAAAUUAUGUUUAGAAGUUGAUAUAUUUUGCUAAGACUGACAAUGCUUUAAAAAAACAAGCCCUUUACUUCAGAAGACGGGCUGUGGGAUGAGAUCUUGUAAAACUCAAAUCACUAACUGUUGCAGCGGUACUGUUUGGGAAGUAAAUAAAACUUUUUGAAUUGA